AUCCGAGUUACCGAGUGAGGGAAGAGAUUGGGUUUAUCGCCUAAACGGGCCAUCCAUCCAACUCCAUCAAAACCCAAACAUCACCCUCCUUAUUUCCCCUCUUUCUCUCUCUAAAAAUACUCUAGAGAGAAGCCUUCCAAACUAAACUAAUCCUCUCUCUCUCGCACUCAUUUAUGGAAAUUUAACCCCCAAACAUCACCCUAUCUAUUCAAACCCUAAACUCGAAAAAAUUAAAAAUGUCUCGCACAAUAUUUCAAACAGUCCCUAUCUCCCCAAUUCCAGCUUGUAACAAGCCCUUGUUUUCUCCAGAAUUACCUCUAUCGCCCUCCAGAGUCUCGUUUUUCCGGCCGUUCAGGGCUCCGAUUAAGCUCCGGAUAGGUAGAAUUGUUGUGAGAGCUUCGUCGUCGGCGCCGGUGGUUGAUGACGACGCAAUUAAAGGACUGGAGAGGUGUUUGGCGAGUGAUUCAGCGGCGUCGUCGUCGUCGGGGGUUUUGUAUGGCCCGGUUAUGAAGGGAGGGCAGUACGGAGCGUUUAGCGGUGCCACGACGUUGGAGAAAUCGAAGCUCGAUUUGACGCAGAAGCAGACCAAGUCCAGUCCUGAGCUUGCAAUUGGCGGAGGUGGUGGGAAUAUUGGGAAAAGUAUAAAUUUUGGUGGUGGUGAUGGGGGAGACGACAAUGGUGAUGAUGAUGACUACUUUGAUGACUUCGAUGAGGAUGAUGAUGGUGAUGAGGGUGGCCUGUUUAGGAGAAGGAUGGUUCUUCCAGAGCUGUUCGAUAGGGAACUUAUUAAAGCAGUAUUGAACGAAUGGCAGAAGACAAUGAUAGAUUUACCAGCAGGAAUUCGGCAGGCCUGUGAAAUGGGCUUAGUGAGCACUGCACAGAUGGUAAAAUAUCUAGCAAUUAAUGCAAGGCCAACCGCUACUCGGGCGAUUUCUCGCACACUUCCUCAAGGACUGUCUCGGGGGUUUAUAGGCAGGAUGAUAGCAGAUCCUGCGUUUCUACACAGGCUUCUCUUUGAGCAGGCAUCUACAUUCGGUUGCUCAGUCUGGUGGGAGUUCAAAAAUCGCAAGGAGAGGAUAAAGCAGGAAUGGGAUCUUGCCCUUAUCAAUGUUCUAACCGUAACAGCUUGCAAUGCUAUAGUUGUUUGGACGCUUGCCCCUUGUCGUUCGUAUGGGAACACAUUUCGUUUUGAUCUACAAAAUACUCUGCAAAAGCUUCCAAACAAUAUAUUUGAAAAGAGCUAUCCACUUAGAGAGUUUGACAUGCAGAAGAGAAUCCACUCAUUCUUCUACAAAGCUGCAGAAUUGUGUAUGGUUGGGUUAACUGCUGGGGCAACCCAGGGUGCUUUGUCAAAUCUUGUUGCUAGCAAAAAGGAAGGAAGGUUAUCUGUGACAAUUCCAUCCGUCAGUACCAAUGCUCUUGGUUAUGGAGCUUUCCUUGGUCUGUAUGCAAACCUACGUUAUCAGCUGUUGUGUGGAUUUGACAAGGCUAUGGUCCAACAUUUUGAUGUUAUUGGUGUAGCAUUGGUUUUUAGCACAGCUUUGAGGUUGUUGAAUACUCAGUUAGGUGAGACAUCUCGGUUGGCCUGGCUCGGGGUUGAAGUUGAUCCUCUAGCUCUGUCAGAAAACCGCUUGAAGGCGUACAGUAGACCAUCUGAAGCUGUUGAUCAAGCCUCUUCAUCAAAAUGGUUCAUCUCCAAGAAUCCCAUUGUAUCUGGCCUUGGGCUACUUGGCAUCAAACAGGGACUUCAAAGUGAUUCUGUCCCUGAGGGUGAAGCACCACCUCCCAAGCCUAGGAGAAAGAGAGUAGUUAGGAAAAAGGUCUCAACAACCUGAGUUUUUAGGUGGUCAAACAAGGUCUCAACUUGCCUUUCAAUUUUGCAAUGCUACAAUUAUGAUGCUGGAUCACCUCGAUAAACAACAGGCAGUACUGGUGAGCACGCGGGACUACUGAUGACUGGCAGAGUAUUUUGUAUAUUUGAUGAUCUUCAUUGAAGAAUAUCGAGAUGAGCAUAGCUUUCUCAUUGUUUUGACUUUUGAUUAUAGCCAAAUUCUAGUCGACGUUUGGAUGACUUGGUAUUUAGAUUACUUGGGAGUUCAUUCUUCAUAGUUAAUAUAAAAAAUUCUCUUGAUCCACAGCUGUGUAGUUACAAUAUUAUUGUCACAUACUCUUUGGAGAUUAGUGAUUUGGGCUUCUGGUA